AUGAGUCACCUAGGAGCUUCGUUGAAGGAAGUAGUCGGUGGAGCAGCAUCUAAAUUUCCCUGGAACCGCUCAAACCUUCCCAAGCAACUGUUCAUCAAUAACGAGUACGUCGACUCUCAGAAUUCAAAGAAGCUCAAGCUCUACAACCCAAAAGAUGGCUCAGAAGUUGCAAAUGAUGUUUCGUUGGCAGGCGAGCACGAUAUUGAUACUGCUGUUGCCGCGGCACAGGCGGCAUUCCCAGUCUGGAGAAAAACUCCACCAACAGUGAAGAGAGAUUGCAUGCUGAAACUAGCUGACUUGAUUGAGCAAAAUGGCAAGACGUUUGCUGAGCUAACUCGCCUUACAUUGGGUGCCCCUUUCGGGUCGUUUGGUUCCUUCGAGGUGAACCUUGCUUCGGAAGCGCUGCGCUAUUUUGCAGGGUGGAUAGACAAGUUUGCUGGUGAAAGCUAUCCGGCGGACGACGGCUUCAUGAAGAUUGUUCGCAACGAGCCAUUGGGUGUCACUGCCGGUAUCAUCCCCUGGAAUGGGCCGCUUGGAAACGUUGGCAUGAAGGCCGGCCCAGCACUUGCCACUGGAAACUGCUUCAUCCUGAAGCCUUCUGAGAAGACACCGUUCGGGGCUCUUGCUCUCGGUACAUUGAUAAAAGAAGCUGGAUUCCCCCCAGGUGUUUUUCAGGUUUUGUCAGGCGAUGGGACAACAGGCGCCUUGAUUGCUAGCCACAUGAAGAUUCGAAAGGUCUCUUUCACUGGAUCCACGGCAACGGGUCGCAAGAUCCAAGAAAUGGCCGCUAAAAGUAACCUCAAGCGUGUCACGCUUGAGCUCGGCGGCAAGAGCCCCGCCGUGGUUUUCGACGAUGCCAAUCUCGAAAAUGCUAUAACUUGGUGUGUAAAUGCUAUUUGCGGCAACUCCGGGCAAGUAUGCUUUGCAGCUAGCCGGGUGUAUGUACAGGAGGGUAUCUACAAUAAGUUUGCGGAUGGGUACAAGGAGGCCAUGGAGGAGAGGGCUAAAGCGAUUGGUGAUCCCGACGACGAUUCCACCAUUAUGGGACCAUUGGUCGACAAAGUCCAAUUCGAAAAGGUUACAGGGUUCAUGGAACGUGGAAAAUCUCAAGGUGCGCUGCUGACAGGGGGAGGCAGAGUUGGAGAUAAGGGCUUUUUCGUCGAGCCGACAGUUUUUACAAAUGUUCCAGCAGACGCUGAAAUUUCGCGCAAUGAGAUCUUUGGCCCCGUCUCUGUGUUGAAUAGUUUCAAAACAGAGGAGGAGAUCAUUGCAAAAGCCAAUGAUACUAAUUUCGGCCUCAUGGCGGGGGUUUUCACACAAGAUAUCAACAAGGCGAUGCGUGUUGCCACUGAGAUUGAUAGUGGUAUGGUUGGAAUCAACUGUGUGUCGCUGUGUUUCCUGACAGCACCGUUUGGGGGAAGCAAGGAGAGCGGAAGCGGACGCGAGAAUGCUAUCAACGCGCUCCGCAUGUUCACCGAACCGAAGACUGUCAUGAUCAAUCUAACAUAUUAG